AGAACAGGUUUAAUCUGACAAUUAAUCAAGUAUACCGUUGUAUGUACCGCUUCAACACAAAACCCACAAGGAACCAGUGAGUGAAAUAGAAUAGCCCGAGUCAAUUCAAGAACAUGACGAUGUUUGCGCUCGACCAAGCCGUUCUGCUGUGACACACCCGGACAAGACUGUUGAGAAAUUAUGCACUGUUCCUUCAACAAAUUCUGCAAAGGAUGUGAUGUAAACUCCCCUCCAGGAUCUGAUCGCAAUAUCUUACACAGCCAGAUUAAACUAAGUAGAAACCAUGGCUAAGAACUCUUGUGCAACUGAAUACAUCUAAGUUUUUUGACGAAGAAAAUAUACCCACGUAAAUCGGGUAGCAUGAUCCACAAACAAUACAAAGUAGCGAUAUCCAAGUCUACAAGUACCGAGAGAGGGACCCCACAAAUCAGUGUGCACAAGAUCAAAUGGUUUAGAAUAAACGGUAGUACUGGAAUUAAAAGAAUUAUGCGUCAUCUUAGCUUGCAAACAAUGAACGCAUUCAUGAAUCUGAUUAUUCAAAACAGAACCGGUAACAAUUUAUUAUAAAACAUAGUACGAAGUCUCACAGAAUUGGGAUGAGCCAAUAAAAAAUGCCAUAAAUCUCAGUCAGAUAACUUCACUAGGUAAGCCAAACUAUAACUACUAACUCCUCCUCCCUACCCGAUUAACUCCUCCCUGCCCGAUUUUGCUCCAUGAAGCUGCCCCCAAAUGUGAAUAAGAAUCUUGCAGGAAUGAUCGACCCUUCUUACUGCCUCUCCCGAGUUCCUUCCCCGACCUCGUGUCCGACAACCAUCAUCAGCAAGCUGCCCCACAAAAACAAGAUUGGGCACGAGCUUGGGAACAUAUAAGGUAUCUGGGAGAGACAAAUGAGGCUAAACAACAUGACCCACACCACUAACUGACAUAACAGACCCAUUGACAGUUGCAACCCAAGACAGGGAACCGAAGUAUCAAGAGAGCGAAAGGCACUUCGGAAACUAGUCAUAUGAUUAUGUGCGGUGGAAUCAACAUGCCAAGAUGCAGAAGAAGAAUCCUUACCUGUGGCAAAUGCAGUGGUCAGAGCAGUGGGCAAAGCUUCCCUCAACGCCUCUUGAACCAGACGACGAACAUCAGUGGGUGUUAGAGACGAGGAGUUCGCAGAAGCCACGUCAAUCGUGGCACAUGCCGCACCAGUACCAGAACCCCACGCGGGCCGCUCGGCUUGCCACGGCCACGACGAGCGAGCGUGGGACAGUCAGCAAUCACGUGACCUUCAUGCUUGCAGUAGUUACACAUAUUCUUUUUGCGAGGACAGUCUGCAAUCAGAUGACCCUCCUGGUUACAGUAAUUGCAGGCAUUCUGCUUCUUACAGUGAUACUGAAUAUGACCGGGUUCUUUGCAAUAAUGACAAAUGAUCUCACACUUCAUAGUAUGAUGAAAUUGAGGUUUCCCUCCAUGAACCGUAAAGGCAGUAUGAGAAUCACUGGCAUGAAUAUCGAGCUUGGCCUGACUCCUAAGACGAGUUUCCUCACAAAGGAGCUCCCCAAGUAUCUCAUCCAUAGUCUCCACAUUGCGAUGCAAAAGAGAUGCCUUAAUCCCUUCGAAAUUGGGUCGCAGAUUCAUCAACAAACACAUAUUCUGCAUGCUCGUAUGAUCACGGAUGACGUCAGCCAACGCCGCACCAGUUAAUAAAGAACUCGUCAAAUGAUCACGCUCAGCCCAGAGAGUAACCGCAUCUUGAUGGUACGAGCUAAUGUCAGAAUCACCUUGAGUCAAGCGACCCAGAUCACACUCUAGAUCAAAUUUACGAGAAGCGUUUGGCUUCGAGUAAAGAUUAGCUAGAUGCUGCCACAUCUCAGACGCCGUAGAAAAACCCUGCAAACUCAAAGCAAUGCUCGGUUCCAUCGUACCAAGCAACAACACAUAACCCUCGCAUUGGACGCAGCCCAAUCCUCCUUGGCUUUGGUGUCGCAUCGGCAUCGGGUUCCUUGGCCAAACCAUCGAGAAUAGACAGCAAACGACGACCUUGAACAUGAAGUUUGAAUUGAAAAGACCACAGAGCAUAGUUCUUACCGGUAAAAUGAACCACAAUUGCAUCAUUCUUCAAACCCUCCAUGAUGAAGUAAUAAACAAGACGAGGGCACAAGCCAGCCCAAGUCACACUAAAAAUAGAAACUAUGAAACAUCCCACCUCUUUGAUUUUGGAAAAAAGACAUUUCUACCCCGGGGUAUAAUAAAAAAUCUCAAAUAACACAAGUUUAAAUAAAAUACCAAACUCAAAUAUCUCAAUAUCUCAAAUCGAAGCCCUAAACACGUGGGCAAAACUCAAAUUGUCCAAAAGAAAUGAAUCUCCAGCCUUUAAGUCUUAACCAUAAAGUCUUAAUAACUUGAAAAAAAGUUGUCUGGUGCUUACUCUGACGCCUGGCUCGACAUCUCUCAGCGACGAUGGUGUUGAGCUCCUCUAGCUUGCUGAACACGGACUGGUUGGUUAGGAUUUCCUCCUCUACGAUUUGUUGAGUGAGUUGGGGUCAGUCUACGCCCUUACGAUUUAAAUCUAUGAUAUUUCUUACUUAAGGACUUAACUCAAAUUUGUGGAUGAUACAUCCAUCCUCUAAGAUUUUACUCUUAAAACUAAAAUCUCAACUGGAAAACUUGACUGACACUGGGAUCCCUCACUAGUUAGUCCGGUUGCCAACUCAUACGUAUGAGAAGCCAUUCAGGUUUUCCUUAAACUUAAACUUAGUUAGGGAAGUCGUAACGAUUCAUCCCCCUAACAUCUUAAACUUAUCGUGGUGGCUCUUCACCACGAUUCUCAAGGGCAUAACUGUUGCCCAUCUUAAAAGUCUCAAGAGCAUAACUGCUGCUCUAUCUUAAAAUGUCCCAAUGGCAACGGACUGGCGCUAGUGACUAAAAACACUUAAAAUGACUUCACCUUCUUGAAGGUGAGUACUUCUUAAAAAGAACUUGUUUCUCAACUUCAACGAUAACUUAUAAACUUAAAGCUCAAAUUUAAAUAAGAACUCAUGCACAUUCACAUCAAGCAUAGCUCAAACAAAAUCACAUAUCAUCAACCAUAAGCACAAUCAAACAACGACAUUCACUUCAUCAAAAUACUCAAGACUUAUAACUCUUGAAAGAACACAUAAGGCGUAGUAUUUACCUCUUUACACUCACCUUAAAAAGCUGACUACUCGAUUCUUUACUCGAAGAAAUCCCUCCUAGCCGAAUUAUCUCGGUGAACCUAUUAAUAAGAAAGUCAUCUCCUUAGUCGACCUUUCUCGAUUUAGAAUUCCCUUUUGGGUCACUAGAAAAUCCUCUCCUAGGCCUCUAGCCCUCGAGACCCGCUCCCAAGGUCCCUUAACCCACUUUAAAAAUUUUCUAAAAACAAUCCCUUCAAAACCGACCACUUUUCCUAAUUAUUUUAGUCUUGGACGAAUUUCCCACCUACCUUGAACCUUCUCAAAAAAUUCGGAUAAUAAUUUUCCUACAUCAAUCAUGAGUACUUAUGCCCUCGAAAAUUAUCAAACCCUUAUAAACUCCUCGUAAUUAUUUUAUUUAAUUAAAAAGAAUGUUCAAACAAUUUCUAAAAUUAGAAAUACAUCUUCAAAAAUACC